AUGGCGGAAAUUUAUAACACAGACCGCUUUGCGGAACUCUACUUCCCUUCAAAUACAGCGGACUUGCUGCAACUCGGCCUGGCGGCUAGAUUCAUUGCAAGUCUAUUGGAGGCUCACCAGAUCACGUAUGCUUUCAUUGGCGGCUGGGCGGUGUAUUUGAGGGGAGGUAGACGCAGAACCCAGGAUAUUGAUAUCACUGUGGCCACGACGAUGGAUCAUUUGAAACAGAUUCUCGUCGCACAUCCCCGAAUACAUUUCCCUCUCACUCAUGGCCGGACAUCUGUCCAGGUCUUCAUCGACACAGGACGAAGUGUGGACGGCGAGUUUCCGCACGUACCGGACUUGGCAGUCAGCAUGGAUAUUGUGAUCAGUGGACUCGUCUUUCAGAUAUACGCCAAGCUGGAUGCGUUCUUUCGACGAGGCGAACAGGGGAGCAAGGAUUUCCUGGAUCUGGAAUUCUUGUUCACCCAGUAUGCUGCGGACAUCCCCACCUUUCGGGACUACUACGAUCUGGAGCAACGCCGGUACUUCUGGACUCAGUACGCAGAGGCGUAUGUGGCAUUCCCGGAGCAAGUGGAGAGCAUGCGGGUAUUGCUUGGUGUUUGA